AUGACUCGCGGUGUACACAAGGAGAUCAAGUUCAGUAAUGACGGUCGUGCUAGUAUCCUCAAGGGUGUCGACGUCCUUGCUAAUGCUGUCAGCGUCACCCUCGGUCCAAAAGGCCGCAACGUCAUUAUCGAGCAGAGCUUUGGUGGGCCAAAAAUUACGAAGGAUGGAGUAACUGUGGCUAAGAGCAUUAGUCUCAAGGACAAGUUCGAAAAUCUUGGUGCCCGGCUCGUGCAGGAUGUCGCACAAAAAACAAACGAAAUUGCUGCUCGUGCCAUCUAUGCCGAGGGUGUCAAGAACGUUGCGGCAGGGUGCAAUCCCAUGGACCUUCGUCGCGGUGCCCAAUCCGCCGUACAAAAGGUUGUCCAGUUCUUGGAAGCCAAUACCAAGACGAUCACCACUACAGCCGAGAUUGCACAAGUCGCCACUAUCUCUGCUAACGGCGACGAACAUGUUGGUGGGUUGAUUGCGCAGGCAAUGGAGAGAGUUGGGAAAGAGGAGGGCCGGACAAUCGAAGAUGAAAUCGAGGUGACGGAGGGCAUGCGCUUUGACCGCGGUUACAUCUCCCCAUACUUCAUCACCGACGUCAAGACUCAAAAGGUCGAGUUCGAAAAGCCACUCAUUCUCCUCUCAGAGAAGAAAAUUUCCUUGCUACAGGACAUUCUGCCAUCCCUCGAAACUGCUGCUUCAGCUCGCAGACCGCUAGUCAUCAUUGCUGAGGAUAUUGAUGGCGAAGCCCUCGCAGCUUGUAUCCUUAACAAGCUCCGUGGCCAGCUCCAGGUCGCAGCCAGCAUCCUUGGUGACCUUGCCAUUCUCACCGGUGGCUCAGUCUUCACUGAUGAACUGGACAUCAAGCUUGAGCACGCAACGGCUGACCUCCUAGGCAGCACGGGCAGCAUCACUAUUACGAAGGAGGACACCAUCGUCCUCAACGGUGCUGGCUCCAAAGAUGCCAUAUCAGCACGAUGCGAGCAGAUCCGCGCACUCCUGAAUGACCCCACCACCUCCGAGUUUGACAAGACCAAGCUCCAAGAACGUCUUGCGAAACUCUCAGGAGGUGUCGCCGUCAUCAAAGUUGGUGGCUCAUCUGAAGUCGAAGUCGGAGAGAAGAAGGAUCGUUACGAUGACGCACUCAACGCAACGCGUGCCGCGGUUGAGGAGGGUAUCCUCCCGGGUGGUGGUGUUGCACUUCUCAAGGCUAGCCUUGCACUCAAGACAGCCGCACCCGGCGAACCUGCCUCUGACCCAGACGUCAUCCCAACUGCCAACUUCGACCAAGGCCUUGGUGUCAGCAUCAUCCGUCGCGCGUUGACACAGCCCGCACGCACAAUCCUCACGAACGCGGGUGAGGAAGCAAGCGUUAUUGUCGGCACGCUUAUCGGCUCGUCUAACACAUCCUUCGCAUACGGUUACGACGCGUCAAAGGGCGAGUAUACUGACAUGAUCGCGCGUGGUAUCGUCGACCCUCUCAAGGUUGUGCGGACAGCACUCGUAGAUGCCGCAGGUGUCGCAAGCUUGUUGACCACAAGCGAAUGUUGUGUUGUAGAUGGUGAGGAGGACAAACCUGCCGGUGGUAUGCCUGGUGGCAUGGGUGGCAUGGGAGGCAUGGGUGGCAUGGGCGGGUUCUAAGUAAGGAAUAUUAAACCUUUCCUGCGACCUUGUGACACGCGGGGUAAAAUAAUUCCCAAGCGCCGUCAGUACUUCAGUCGCCACUUCAUUUAUGCUGAUUUAUUAUACUUGCUUUGUUGUCGCACGCCGUUACGCCCCCC